CGCGACGCAUGUGUGUAGUAGUAUGUAUGCGGAACUCCGCUUGAUACAAGGUUGUGGGGAUCCCUUCCCUCCCCUCCCCCCAACCACGAGUCAGGGUCCAACCAUUUUCCCCUUCAGCGUUUCUUGUCUUGUCUAUCCGCCCCUUCACAAACAUGUUACAGUUGGUAUUACUGUACCACAUAAUCCACACUGGCAUAUACACGCACAUACACGUUUUUUCCUGGACAAAGCCCGGCUGCUCGCCUUAAAACACGCCAUUGCCCUUGCUUACCUGGACCUUGACCUUGACCUGUUUGCGCCCUCGAGGGGAUUGUCAGCGCUAACGCCACAAUCCUCUCUCUCUCUCUCUCCCCCACCCAAAAAACCCCACAACCCAUUGACGACAUAGAGCAUCCGCUUUUAUGUAUCGUUUGUACCAUGUAUGCGUGUUGUUGGACAUAAUGUACUAUAGCCUCUGCAAAGCCCACCCCACCAAAGCAUUCACCCAUUCCGCAUACUUAC